UAUUACACCGAUCUGUGUCAACCGCGUGUUUUAAUGGCGAAACGAGGGAUCCAAGAACGGUCACGAGAGGAAACACUUUAAAUUUCGAGAAUAAGAACAGCGAAUGAUGGGUGGACCUUAAUUCAGUUUCCCUUGAAAUGCUUCAACUGGACUAUUGGAAAUGAUGACUCCGUGCUUUGUAAUGAAAGGCACAGAUCACAGCAAACUCUUGACAAUAACCAUUUUGAAAGAAAGUGCUGUCUUAAAUAAUCUUCACCAUGUUCUUGAACAACAAACAGAAUGAUCUGUUUACUGAAAAUUUUCACAAGGAACUUUCUGCAGUGCAAGCAGCUGCAUUUCAUACAAAUUAUUUCAGCCUCCAGAGCUCCUUUUCAUAAUACUUAUAUGCUUCAAGAACGCCAAAAGGUUUUAGAAACUAACCGCCUGAAAAAGAAGGGACAUCAGCUUAAAUGGAACAUGGUAGAAAUAGUUAAACAUUCCUCAGUUCUCGACUGUAAACCUGAGGAUAUGUUACGUUUGGCAAAGAUCAAUGAAAAAAAAUACGGUAACAGCUGGGACCGAACUGUUUCCAAAGUCUACGCACUUAAACAGCAUGGAUUUUCCGUUCCACAAAUGAUUGAUCAUCAUCGAAUGUUUUCUCUGGGAAAUAAAAAACUGAAUACCAUUUUAGAUAUGAUUAGAAGUGAACCUUCAGGAAUGUACAUGCCACCUGUGGAAUUUGGUACAAGUGACCGUUGGCUUUUUCGAUAUUUUCUCUAUGCAAAAAAUAACUCAAAAAAGAAACCUAUGUCUUGUGUGUAUGUUUGGAAACGAUCAGUCACAAACAAGGAAAAUGUUUUGAAAUUUUUCAAAAGUAAAGGGAUUACAUUUUCUGAGGAAGAUAUCGCCAAGUAUGACAAAACAGUAAAUGGGAUCUGUUACGAAAAGUUAGUUGCCCUUCUUGCACAUGCUGCCGAGUUUGGAGUGACAGUUGAGGAACUGGAUUUGAAGGAAAUUUACAACUUCUGUAAUUACAAAAGGAUUUUCCCGAAAUCUAGAACGAAGCUACAUUGCAAAUUCUACGAAUAUUUGAAAGACCAUCAUGUAGAUAGUGAUUUGAAAGACCUUGUUUUACAGCACGAAGAAGAUGUCACAGAAAAUUUAAAGGUCUUGAUGAGUCGUGGAUUCAGUUUUGAAGAUAUUGUCUCUUGCCCUGUAGUAGCUUGUCAUUCUCCAGAAAUCUUGCUUGUGUAUCUAAACAGCCUUCAUGAACGAAAAGAACUUUGGCCAAUGAAAAGGCUGACCACGGAUAAGAAAAAAGUGCUAAAUAUGAUACAGUAUUAUAUAGAAAGAAAUCAUAGGUUUAGCAUGCAAGUUGUGAAGACAGAAUCACAUGCUUUCUUAUGUUAUGAGUUGAAUAUCUCUUCUCAGUAAAAUUUUGUAAUUUUAAAAAUGUGUUUGUUUCAAGAUUCACUGCAUCACUUACAUACACCAUCCUUGUUGAUACUCCUGGGGUUUCAUGCAUUG